AGGUCCGGAAGAGAGGGCGGUGCCCAAGGGUGGAAACCAGCUGGCCGGAAUAAGGCAACUACAGUUCCCAGAAUACCACAGUUCAUGCUCCCCAGCGGGAUACAGCCUUGUACUCUAAAUCCUGUUGGACCUGCUGCUGGGGACACUGGCAUCUCUGCACUCAUGGCUUCUCCUAGCAAGGCUGUUAUUGUUCCCGGGAAUGGAGGCGGGGAUGUGGCCACCCACGGCUGGUAUGGCUGGGUGAAGAGAAGGCUAGAGCAGAUACCUGGUUUCCAGUGUUUGGCUAAAAACAUGCCUGACCCAAUUACAGCUCAAGAGAGCAUCUGGUUGCCCUUCAUGGAGGCGGAGCUCCACUGUGAUGAGAAGACCAUCAUCAUAGGCCACAGUUCUGGGGCCAUUGCUGCCAUGAGGUAUGCAGAAACACAUCAGGUAUAUGCUAUUGUAUUAGUGUCUGCAUACACAUCAGAUUUGGGGGAUGAAAAUGAGCGUGCAAGUGGAUACUUCAACCGCCCCUGGCAGUGGGAAAAGAUCAAGGCCAACUGCCCGCACAUUGUGCAGUUCGGGUCCACUGACGAUCCUUUCCUUCCCUGGAAGGAACAACAAGAAGUUGCUGAUAAGUUGCAAGCCAAGUUGUACAAAUUCACUGACCGUGGCCACUUUCAGAACACAGAGUUUCACGAACUGAUUAGUGUGGUAAAGUCUAUGCUGAAAGUACCAGCAUAGACAGGAUGAUUUCUGCUAUUUUGUUUCUCAAUAUAGGGUUACAGCAAUAAUAUAUAUCAGACAAUUACUAGACCAACAAAAUAGAUCAAGUUCAGUUCCGGAAAUGCCUGAAAACAAACACAAGUUUCAGUGUUCAAACUAAUUUACAGAUAGCACUUCCAUUUUCUACAGUAUCUAAACCUCUUCAAAAUGCUGUGAACUGAAGCAAUAAUUUUCCCAUUUCAUGAGGGACACAAGACAGCUUAACUGCACUUGACUAUCCAAAGUGGACAAGUCAGAAAUAGAACUCGGGUUUGCUGAUUCCCAGUCCAGAUUAAAGCUAAUUGGUCUCAUGUAUGUCAUAGGAAUUAUACUGUUUUCCUCUUUGAAAUAAAAGAAACUUUGCUAUUGGGGAAAGAAAAUGUGACUGAGGGUCCAGAGUGUUGACUUGGAGGUCAAAACACUAGCUGCUGUUUCAGGUUGGCUGGGAUAUCAAACCCAGACUAGGGUAUUCACCUUUGACAGUUUGCCCCCCAGUCCUUCAAACGUGUGAGAUAAUGAUAUAUUAGAAUGCUAAGAGUCAGGGGUCUGCAAGGGUCAGGCAGAGAAUAUAAGUGAGCACAGCCGACUGGACAAUGAGGGUGGUAGGGCUGAUACUAUGUGGACAGCAUGCCUAUCUAAAGUCCUUACUCAGGAUCAGGGGAUUGUUGGAAAUGUGCGCAAGGAUUUGCCAGAAUUCUGAUUUUUUGAAGAAAAAAAUUCCUCAAAUUUUUUAAAUUCAAGGGAUAUAUAUGAGUAUUAUGUCCAGUCCAGACACAUUUAUGUUCGUUGGUUAACUACAGUGCAAAUAAAAAUUUACAAACACUGCAAGCCAAAUGAAAACCAGCCAUCCAUUCGUGAACUGUGCCACAGCCUUAACUCAGCCAGCUGUUUUUAAGAUGAUUCUAUAGAAAGCCUGAGAAAAGCCUAAAAUAACCAAGACGAAUAUAAUUUCAAAGGAUGAGACCAUGGGAGCAACUUGGAUUUUGUUACAGUCUUAAGUUUUUUAAAAGAAAUUGUUCUAACUUUUAACUUCUGUGAUCAUUUCGAUCUCUUUCAAGCCUCAUUCCAUAAUCUUUCCUCAGAUCACACUUUUUCAAGAACACACUUUUUCAGUUCCCAACAUUUUUUGGCUAUGACCUCAGACUAUUUCCGGUGAAUUCACGCUUAUUGUUGCAGAACCUGACGUUUGCCGCAGUAAUGUGAAUUCCCACACUGUUUAUGCUUAGAGGAGAUGCAGAGGUAUCAUUUUAUCCUGAAAAGCCAUUUGCUUUCUAAAUGUGCUUCAUGAUGUUAGUUGCCAU